CUCUCCCCCUAGGCCCUAUAUAUAUAUAUUCCUCUAAAGUUACAUCUCUUGUAAAUUAUACUCUUUUUUUCUCUGUGCUCUCAUUUUCUCUCUCUCUCUUUCCCAAUAUCCUCACUUUCAUCAGCCAUACAUAUUUAUCAAAAAAUUGCAGUAUAUCAACUAGUAUAUCAGCAGCAGCAGCAGCAGCAGCAGCACUUGUCAUAGAAACACAGAGAUUUUAUCCUCUUUUAAGUUAGUUAAAUAACGGUUAUUUACUCUCCCCAUUUUGCCCUCUCUAAAACAUCUCCCUUUCAAUGCUCUUUCUUCUGCUUCCGACACAAGCUUAAACUCCAGAACUAGAUCUUCCCACCCUUAACACUCUUUCCAGCUUUACAUAAAACUAAGAUCUCUUUCCAGAAAAAGAAAAAGAUGAUCACCUGGAAGGAUCUUUACAGCGUUUUAACAGCGGUGAUCCCACUGUACGUGGCUAUGAUCUUAGCUUACGGCUCUGUCCGUUGGUGGAAAAUUUUCUCCCCUGACCAGUGCUCUGGUAUCAACCGCUUUGUCGCCAUAUUUGCCGUUCCCCUCUUGUCUUUCCAUUUCAUUUCCACCAACGACCCUUACGCCAUGAACUUCAGGUUCAUCGCGGCCGACACCCUUCAGAAAAUCAUCAUGCUAUUUGUUCUUGGGUUGUGGACUAAUUUCACUAGAAACGGAAGCCUGGAAUGGAUGAUCACCAUUUUCUCUCUAUCCACUCUACCCAACACUCUAGUCAUGGGCAUUCCUCUAUUAAUCGCUAUGUACGGUCCUUACUCAGGAAUGCUAAUGGUUCAGGUCGUGGUUCUCCAGUGUAUUAUUUGGUACACUCUUCUUCUUUUCCUUUUCGAGUACCGCGGUGCCAAAAUACUCAUCAUGGAGCAGUUCCCGGAAACUGCAGCUUCCAUAGUUUCCUUCAAAGUUGAUUCCGAUGUGGUGUCACUUGAUGGCCGUGAUUUUCUUGAAACCGACGCUGAAAUUGGCGAAGACGGAAAGCUUCACGUUACUGUGAGGAAAUCCAAUGCUUCCAGGAGGUCCUUGGGGCCUUGCUCGCUUCCUGCAUUGACUCCGAGGCCUUCGAACCUUACUGGAGCUGAGAUAUACAGCUUGAGCUCUUCUCGGAAUCCGACUCCAAGAGGUUCGAAUUUUAACAACUCAGACUUUUAUUCCAUGAUGGGAAUUCAAGGUUUUCCUGGAAGGCAGUCUAAUUUCGGUCCAUCCGAUUUGUACUCUGUUCAAUCCUCCAGAGGACCAACUCCAAGACCAUCAAAUUUUGAGGAAAAUUGUACGGUCAUGUCUCCAAGAUUUGGAUUUUAUCCAGCACAGACAGUUCCGACAUCUUACCCUGCUCCAAAUCCUGAAUUCUCAUCCGUAACAAAGAACACUAAAACUAACCAGCCGCAGCAGCAGCAACAACAACAAGUUCAACCACAGCAACAGCAGCAGCAGCAGCAGAAGGAGAAUAAUAAAGUGAAUCACGAUGCAAAGGAAUUGCACAUGUUUGUGUGGAGUUCCAGUGCUUCGCCGGUAUCAGAAGGCGGUGGACUUCACGUCUUUGGUGGGACAGAUUUUGGGGCAUCCGAGCAAUCUGGACGAUCUGAUCAGGGAGCUAAAGAGAUCAGGAUGUUGGUUGCUGAUCACCCUCAAAACGGGGAAAACAAAGCUGCGCCGGCCAGUGGUGACUUUAAUGGAGAGAACUUUAGCUUUGCUGGGAGAGAUGGGGAGGAGGAAAGAGAGAAAGAAGGGCCCGCUGGACUCAAUAAGUUGGGGUCAAGUUCGACGGCUGAGCUGCACCCUAAAGCUGCCGAAGCAACGGAGUCCGGCGUUGGCAAACAAAUGCCUCCGGCUAGUGUGAUGACCCGCCUGAUCUUGAUAAUGGUCUGGCGCAAGCUUAUUCGAAACCCCAACACAUACUCCAGCCUCAUUGGACUUGUUUGGUCUCUAAUUGCUUUCAGGUGGCAUGUGCGUAUGCCGAAAAUAAUAGAGAAGUCUAUCUCCAUCCUGUCGGAUGCUGGACUAGGAAUGGCCAUGUUUAGCUUAGGUCUGUUUAUGGCUCUGCAACCCAAGAUCAUCGCUUGUGGGAAUUCUGUGGCCGCCUUUGCCAUGGCCGUUAGGUUCUUGACCGGUCCGGCUGUCAUGGCUGCAGCUUCAAUUGCAGUAGGGUUGCGUGGCACGCUACUCCGUGUUGCCAUUGUUCAGGCUGCUCUGCCACAGGGAAUUGUACCAUUUGUGUUUGCCAAAGAAUACAAUGUUCACCCAGCAAUUCUUAGCACAGCGGUCAUCUUUGGGAUGUUGAUAGCAUUACCGAUAACGCUUGUGUACUACGUCCUUCUAGGAUUAUGAAGAUCAUUUGGUUUUUUUUCCCAUAGCAAGGCAGAAUACGAGGGGAGUUUUCGUGUGGUGAUUGCGUGUCAUACGUUUUGGGAGUACCGAUCACAGCCUGAUUAUGUUGUUAAUUAUAACAUGAGGAUUUUCCGGUAAAGAAGAAGUUAGUACAAAAGAAUUUGCCAAAGGUUCCAAAAUUUUUGGAGCUAGCUUAGCUAAGAUAUUUGACUUAGUGAAGGUACCCUGAUAUAAGGAUCAUGCCCCCAUUAAAAGCCAUGUUUAUCCAAUUUCCUAGAGUUUUGAGAAGAAAAAAGAAAAGAAGGCCACUGCAGCACAAGGGAGACAUUGAAGAGGAAAACGAGGGGGAAAAAAACAGGCGGUAACUUGAUAAUCUUAUUAAUUCUCUUCAUCUCCCUUAUGCUUUGUAAAGUUUAAUUUCAAAGUUAAUGUCUAUAAUAUUGCAAAGCGACAAGGGAUAUGAUUAAUGAAAUGAAGAAGAAAGGGUUUUCCUUUUUCUUUUUAUUUUUGUA